AUGGCAGAAUCAACCAAAGAAGUCGAAGAUAAAACCUUCGAAGAUCUAGGGUUAGACGCACGACUCAUCCGCGCCUUAUUGAAGAAAAAAAUCGAGAAACCAACUCCAAUUCAAGAGCACGCGAUUCCGCAUAUUCUGGAAGGUAAAGACGUCGUUGCUCGAGCAAAAACAGGUUCCGGGAAAACACUUGCAUACCUUCUCCCGUUGCUUCAGAAGCUCUUUACUAGUAGUGUUGAUAGGAAAAAGUUAGCGCCUAAUGUUAUUAUUCUUGUUCCGACUACUGAACUCUCUCAACAGAUAGGUGUGGAAGUUAAGUCACUGCUUGAGUUAUGCAGAGUUCAGCUGAAAGUUGUGCAGUUGAAUAGCAAAAUGCUUGCUACCGACUUGCAAGCAGCAUUGGUUGGACCUCCUGAUGUUUUGAUUUCCACUCCUGCUUGCAUAGCUAAGUGUUUGUCCAACUCAAUACUUCUGCCAGCAUCAAUUAAUGACUCGCUUGAAACUCUAGUUCUUGAUGAGGCAGAUCUUCUAUUAUCAUUUGGGUAUGAAAAUGACAUAAAAGCUUUAACACCUCACAUACCCAGAAGUUGCCAGUGUCUUCUCAUGUCUGCAACAUUAAGUGACGAUGUUGACAAACUAAAAAAUUUGAUUUUACACAACGCCAUAGUUUUGACUUUGGCCGAAAAGGAAAACCAUAAGGAUGAGGUCAUCCCUAAAAAUGUUCAGCAGUUCUGGAUCUCUUGUCCUGCCAAUGAUAAGUUGCUCUACAUCCUUGCUAUGUUGAAGUUGGAGUUAGUCCAAAAGAAAGUUUUGAUAUUCACUAAUAACAUAGAUACAAGUUUCAGAUUGAAACUUUUCUUGGAGAAGUUUGGGAUCAAGUCUGCUGUUUUAAAUGCUGAAUUGCCUCAAAAUUCCCGUCUACAUAUUCUCGAGGAAUUCAAUGCUGGCCUUUUUGAUUAUCUAAUCGCAGCAGAUAUCAGCCAGUCAACUGAGAAGGAUGAAGUACCUAAGGAAAAUGUUGUUGGAUCGCGAAAGUCUAGAAAACACGCAAAGCUAAAAUUAGAUUCUGAAUUUGGAGUAGUAAGGGGAGUUGACUUUAAAAAUGUAUACACGGUUAUAAACUUUGAAAUGCCUCGCAGUGUGGCAGGAUACGUACAUCGAAUUGGACGUACUGGAAGAGCAUACAGUUCCGGUGCUUCUAUCACCUUGGUUUCUUCAGAUGAGAUGGAGACCUUUGAAGAAGUAAGAUCUUUUGUUGGGGACGAUGAAAACAACGUUGGCUCACCCUCAAUUGCCGAGUUUCCCUUACUCACCAAGAAUGCUGUAGAAUCUUUACGGUAUAGGGCUGAGGAUGUUGCAAAGAGUGUAACUAAAAUUGCUGUCCGUGAAUCACGAGCCCAGGAUCUGAGAAAUGAGAUUUUGAACUCUGAAAAGUUGAAGUCCCACUUUGAAACUAAUCCAAGAGACCUAGCUCUAUUGAAACAUGACAAAGUUUUGAGCAAGAACGCCCCUCCUCCACACCUUCGGGAUGUGCCAGACUACCUAAUAGACAAAUCAACAAAAGAGGCAAGGGAAAUGGUUAAGCUUACAAGAGAUGCAAUGGGAAAUAAUAAACGCCGAGGGGGUUCCAAGAGAAAAUCAAGAAAAGGCGGUGACCCUCUGAUGGCCAUCUCUACUGGGGUAUCAAAAAGACCGCACAGAGGUUUUAAAAAGGAAGGUGCAAGCAAUGGCAAAAACAAUGAUAGACAAAAACACAAAAAGGCGAAGGCGUUUUGA